UGAAUGAAGACGCAAUGAGCGAAUGCUCAUUCGGAAGUCGGGCUGACCUUGACCGUCUGCACGAGGGCCCUAUCCCCGGCUGGAUACAGGAAGGAGAGCACGUAAAUGUAGCAUCAUCCAAAAGUCACUCAAAGUCUGGCACCAUCAGAUUUGUCGGAACAGUCCAGUUUGCCAGUGGCAUGUGGAUUGGGGUGGAGCUGGACCAACCAGAAGGUAAAAAUGACGGUGCUGUCAAAGGGAUUCGUUACUUCAACUGUCGCUCCCGCCAUGGGGUGUUUGUUCAGCCAGACAAGCUGAUCUGGGACAAGAAAAGGAAGAACUCCAAGAAAGAGAACCCUUUCAACCGGAGAAGCAUGCCAACAAUGGGCGGCUCCCUGACGAACUUGACAUCCGGUGGAGGAGGCGGGUCGUACAUGAGAUCUACAACAUCGAGUAGCUUAAAGAAAAAAUGA